AAGUUUUGCAAGCUUUCACCACGAAGGCUCUGCUGCUUCCCGCCGAGACUCACUUCGGUACGCAUGUGAUUAUGAUGCGAUGACUUCUUCUGCUGCAAUCGCAUCUUAUGUAGGUGGUCGUUGAUGAUCGAUGGAAGGACACUGUUUGGUCAACGAAGAAGAUUCGAAACGAUGCCGCGGAGGUCACAACAUCUGUCGGUUGUCCUCAAUGGUAGGAGGAUAUGAGAGCGAUGUGCAAGUUGUUGGAUCCCAUCAUGGACAUGCUGCAGAUGGUGGACAGCGACCCGAGGCAGAUUGGCAAGAUUUUGCGUACGACGAGAUGAUUGUACGUUGCUUGUCUGCAUGUGCCGCUUUGGAGAAGGACGAGCAAGACGCGCUGCUUGAAGUGUUUGACAGACGCCGCACCAUGUUCAAGUCGCCUGCUCAUGUUGCUGCCAUGAUGUUGGACCCCGAGUUUCGAGACCGCACGAUGCCAGACGACGGGGAGAUGCAACACAGUUUGAAACUCGCUCUGAUUCAGUUUGGGUACCUGGAACAUUCGGAUCAGCACAACGAGGUCCUCACUGCCAUUGACAAGUUUCAUUCUAGGGAGCCGCCGUUCGACGACGUGGCCAUGGACCGGGCGGCGAGGAGCUAUACCCAUCCAGCCUGUUUCUGGGAGUCGAAGGAGAAGAGGUUCCUGCACACGGCCUUCUUCGCUGGCARGAUACUGCGUGUGUGGGCGACUGCGUCGCCUUGCGAGAGAGCUUGGUCCCGUUGGAGUCUCAUCCACUCCAAAUCUCGUAACAGAUUGGAGGUGGCGCAGGCCGAGAAGCUCGUGCGAUGCCAUUGGAACCUUCGGCUCCUCGACAGGCAGGCUAUGUCGGACGAUGCUCCCAAUGACAGGCCACAUCUGUAUGGGAGUUGGGUGCACUACUGGCUGCAGGUGGAGGAGGAGGUGUCCAUCGACCAGCAACUUGUAGCAGACCGAGGAGCCCGUGUGACGGUCACGAAGGAGGAGUUGACGCAGACGGGAGGAGGAAUGGAUGGGGGAGCAAAUGGAUAAACGAAUUGAUGGAGGUAUGGAUGCAUGAACACAAGGGAUGAAAUGUCGGACGGGCGGAAGCAUGGACGGAUGGAUGGGUGGAUAGCUGGAUGGUUGGUUGUGGGAUGGGACAAUUGUACUAAUGGAUGAAUUGAAGGCCGGAUGGAUGGAUGGAAGAAUGGACGGAUGACCCAGGACAAGUGGACAGACGACUAGAUGGAUUCAACAGACAGUAUGCACGUGUAUCGUGACCCCGUUGGCCCUCGUAUGUGUCUCGCACAGUGUGGACCCACACUGUGUGAGAUAUUCCUAAUGAAAGCGACUCCAGAUG